AUGUCCUUUGCAAAUCACGGCGGCCCCCGGCCCGGCCCGGCCCCGCGCUCGGUGCCGCGGUUGCCGGGUAACCGCGCCCGGGCCCUCAGCGUCUGUGACGGCGCAGCGGCCUCAGCGCCCGGAGCCCGGCCCUGGCUCAUUCGCCCGGCGAUCCGCCAACUGACUCCCUCUGCCUUCCAGACGGAGAUGUCUCUCAGCACCAAGCAGAGGCUGGCCAGAGCUAAGAAGCUGAGGCUGCCUCCGAUUGUCCAGCCUCAAGAGAAGCGUGAGACCUCCCAUGACAAGUUCUCGGCAGCUGACCCAGAGCAGAGCUCAUUUCAGCCUUGCCCACCAGAGGUGGUGUUUCAGAACUUCAGCCCUGGUGAGGUCUGUGAAGUGCCGCUGAUUCUGAGGAACAGGGACACGGUUCCUCACCUGCUGAAGGUCACCUUGGAGAAUUCACUUUACUUCCAGCUGGUGGGCCCCAAUCGCGUGUACCGCAAGGUGCCACCAGGCCUCUACGCGACUGUCCGCAUCCUCUUCACUCCUGGGAAGAAAAAGGAUUAUUUCCACCAGCUCCUCUGCUCCACUGAAAGGGAAGAGUUCAUUGUGCCAAUUUGGGCCAUUGGUGCCCGAGCCAUCCUGGACUUCCCUGACCAGCUGGACUUCUCGGUGUGUCCGGUCAACUACACCACCGAGAAGACUCUGCUGGUUCUCAAUGUCGGUGACCGGGAAGCUUAUUACCAGCUGAGCACCCAGGGCCCUUUUUCUGUCAAUCCAUCCAAGGGAGUUCUGGAUGUUGAUGACUUCAUGCAGGUGACAGUGGAAUUUCAGCCAAAGAAGUCUGGUGACUAUUCUGAGUCCCUUGUUGUGCACUAUGACACAGGUGAAGAGACCCACACAAGCCUUCAUGCAAGAGCUGUGGAUGCCCUCAUCGGGCUGGACAGGAAUACUGUGACCCUUGAGAAGACGUACAUCACCAUGUCAAACCGCGCAACUGUGCUCAUCCACAACCGCAGUAAUAUCACAGCCCGCUUCCAGUGGAAGGCUCUUGGUACUGAGGAAGAGGAGGAUCAGCUGAAGCUGAGGCGUCAUCCCUGGAUAUUUCAGGAUGAAAAAGAGACAUUGCAAGAAUUUCUGGACGAGUGCGGAGUGGACAUCACUUGCCGGGCACAUGUUUCUCUUCUCAUCCACAGCUUCCAGAAAGAGGUGGAGAAGUUCAGAGAACAACCCCUGCUGUUCAAUGAUGACAUUUUCUCCCUUGAGCCAAAGGAGGGUGAGAUCAGGCCGAAUUGUUCGGCUGAAAUCAGCGUGUUCUUCACGCCCCAGGCAGCCGGGUUGUAUACGCGAACGGCUUACUGCGACAUCUCAGGCCGUGAGAACAGGCUGCCCCUGGUCCUCACAGGGGAAGGCCUCGGGCCCCGGCUCCAUUUACGCUUUGAGGAAAUGGACAUCGGGGAGGUUUUUAUCAGAGUAAACCACAGAUAUGAGGCGUACCUGGUCAACAAAGGGCCUGUUGAGGCUUCCUUCAAACUCAUCCCUCCAACCACAGCCAUGGGCUCCUGCUUCACCUUCGUGCCCCAGGAGGGCACCGUGGCACCACACAAGCUCCAGGCCAUCCAGUUCUCCUUCUGUCCCACCAUCCUGGGGAAGUUUGAGGAGGAAUUCUGCUUCGAAGUGACUGAAUCCCCUGAGCCUUUGAUCUUUACUGUCAGGGGCUCCGUGAUGGGACCCACUUUCCAUGUCGAUGUGCCCGCCCUCAACUUCGGUGACAUCUCCUUUGGUUUUCCUCGCACCUUGAAGUUUUGCCUGUUUAACACCUCCCUGAUACCCAUGGCCUUCUCCUCCUGCAUUCCUGAGGAUAAUUUUGGAGAGCUCAGUGUUGACAGCUCUACUCAGAUAUGCCGACCCAGUCACCCGACUUGGAGGAAGAAAGGUCCUAUGAAGCCAGAGGAAUUUACCAUAAGUCCCUGCUGCGGGAACAUCCGUGCCCUGGGAUCCCAGGAUAUCAAGGUCACCCUGUGUCCCAACACCGUUGGAGACUACAACCUGGAGCUGCUGCUGGCUGUGGAAGAUGCUGGCAGCAAGGUGUUGGCACUGCCCCUCACAGCCAGAUGCGUCGUUCCUCCACUGCGAGUGCUCAACCCAGUCGUGGACUUCGGGCGCUGCUGUUUGACAGUCCUCUAUGAUGAGAAGCUGACCCUUGUGAAUGACAGUGACUUUCCUGGCUGUUACUGUCUUCUCCCUCAGGAACACAAGGAGGAGGCUGCUGUAUGGUACUUCAGCUCUGCGCCGUCUGGGAUUAUCGAGGCUCACAGCUCGGUGGAGAUUCCAGUUACAGUCGAGGCCCGCUUGCUGGGAGAGUGCAGCAUCACUGCUGAGCUGGCCGUGUUUGGGAGACCAGGAUCCCCACUGGAAAUCCGUUUAGAGUGCAUUGGCCAGGGACCCGCUGUCUAUGUCCAUCCCAGAGAGAUAAAGUUUGGAUCUAUCCCAGUCUUAGAAGAUUGUUGCAAAACUCUCCACCUUGCCAAUCAGAGUGUCAUUCCUGCAAACUUCCAGCUAGAGAUGGUUGGGAAAAGCACCUGCUGGAGGACUGAGCCCAGUAAAGGAGUGGUCCCCCCUAAUUCUGAGGUGUCCGUGGCUGUCAUAGCCAACCUGAAUGACACAGUGAAAUUCCAGGAGAAGGUGAAGGUGUUCAUUGAGAACAACCCUGUAACCAUCAUCUCUCUCCAGGCUGUGGGCAUUGGCACCACAGUUGUCACGGACAAACCUCUUGUUCCAAGGCUUGACUUGAAGUCCCACUUCAGCUUAACUCCGUGCUUUUACCACUUCACACUGACCAACAGAGGACGGCGCCCCCAGCGGCUGUACUGGAGCACAGAAGGGUCCCGCACCUUCCGGCGCAGCACUCGUCCCCCAGCCCUCGGUGGCCCCAAAAGCAAAGAUGCUCUCCAGAUCCCCAGACCUGGCAGCCCCGUGUUUAAGCUGCGGCCACCACGGGUGGACCUGAGGCCGGGCCAGAGUGUGGACAUGGUGCUGGAAGGCUGCUCCAGCACUGCCCAGGAGGUGAAGGAGCGGCUGCUGUGUCACGCUGUGGUGGGGAAAGAGACAGCAAAGAAACAGAUCAUGGAAGUGGAUGUCACCUGCAACUUCAUUUGCCCUGUUGUGCAAAUGUCUUCCAGAGCAAUCAAUUUCCGUGUGGAAAAGAAACCCAGCGAUGUCCUGACACUGCAGUACCAGCCUUUGUCUUUAAAAAACACCAGCUCCCUGCCACUCAGCAUUGUGCUGGACGUGGAACAGCCAUUCCGGAUCUGCAAUGUGCACCAGAGACCCCUCCCUGCAGAUUCCAAGCCUGUGAGAGUGGAUGUAGGGAAGGAACUUCAUCUCUGGAUCCAGUUUAACCCAGCUUAUAAGAACAAUCUGAAUAGCUGGGUGGCAAAGAAGGUUCUCAGGGUGCGCUUCAUGGAGCAUCCUCAUGUGGAGAAGAUCCUUGUUCGGGGAGAAGUCUACUUCCCGAAUCUCCACCUCCAGGCCGAGGUUGUGGACUUUGGCUGCAUCAUAAAUGACACAGAACAAGUGCUGCACAUGGAGAUGACCAACUGCAGCCCACUACCCGUCAGCUACCACUGGUCAUUACUGACGGACAGACAGGUGAACACCAUAAGGUUCCUGCCUUCACCACCUAAAUUCAAACCACAGUCAUCAAAGAAGAAGGGAGUGUUUCCAUGGAGACGCUACAGGACUAAAAGUGUGGAGGAGCCAACCGAAACCCCGGAAACAGUGCAGGAUCCUGCCCAGGAGAAUUCUGAUGAGAAGGAUUCUGCCCUGGAGGAUUGUACCAAGGAGGAUUCUGCCCUGGAAGAUCCUGACCAGGAGGAUCCUGACCAGGAAGAUCCUGCUCAAGAGGACUCUGACCAGGAGCCAGCAGAUGCAGAGCAUUCCCUGGAAACAGAGGUGCUCUCAUCCACUCCUGGGGAGUCUCAGACGCCGGUGAGGAUGCGGGCGUUGAGUCGGCUGAUGGAGAUGGAGCGCCCCAAGGUGGGAAUGCAGGAGGUUUUUGGUAUCAGGCCACUGUGGGGUGAGCUGCAGCCAGGAGAGAGCGAGAAGGUCACCUUCACCUUCUUUGGCUUCGCCAACAUCGUGGCCCGUGUGACAGCGCUGUGCCACGUGGAGGGAGGCCCCACCUACAAGGUGGUGGUGACCGGGCAGGCUUCGUGCCCCAGCUACCAACUGGACGUGGAGGAGAUUGACUGGGGGCUGCAGGUGUUUAACAAAGUCCUCAAAGCAGAGGUCACCCUGCGGAACACCGGGGUUAUGGAAUUCCCCUACGUGGUGCCAAACUCCAGCACUGGCACUGCAGCAAAGCCUCUGCCUGGUGUGCCCGUGGUCGUGCCCAGCACAGGUUCCAUUGCACCCGGCGAGAAGCAAGUGCUGAAAGUCUAUUAUCUGCCAGGAGAGCUAGGAGUCUUCCACAAGACUUUCCAGGUCCAAGUGGCUUAUCUGGAACCAGCAGAAAUCACCCUGAAAGGAAAGGGGACCUUCCCUAGGGUUACCAAGUACCUCCCCAAGGUGUUGGAAGGAAAUGAAAAAUAUGAGAAGACACUGAAACGGCUCAUAAAGCACCGGCAAAUAUACAGUCAGGGCUAUAAAUCAGUUGUUCAGACGAACACUGAGAGCCCAAAGACGAAGAUCUUGAAGUCUCAGACCCCAACAACUCAGACUGUGAAGAUUCAGAAUCCAGAGACUCAGGACCCAAAGCCCCACAUCCCUCAUUCUGGCAUUGUAUCAGACACUCAGCUGCAGAUAAAGAUGAUGAGGAUGCUGAUAGAGAAGCCUUUUCUAGAGCUGAAAGUUGAGCUGCUCGAGUAUGUCCUGGACAUGGGCCCUGUCCUUAAGGGUUACACUGAGACACACACUCUGGAGAUCACCAACCCUGGGCAGAUCCAUGUGUCCUUCCAGAUCGAUGUAUCUGGCCUGCAGAACACAGGUUUCAGCGUGGACCGGGACCAGAUGAAUGGCCUGCCCCCCAGCCACACCUUGGCCAUUGACGUGUGCUUUGAGAGUGCCCACAAGCCAAAGGGUGACGUGGAAGUGGUGCUGCCCAUAGAGGUGACAGAAGGCCCUAUGUACAGCAUCCGCCUCCGUGCCACUGUGUUGGAACUGUCACUUGACCUCUCCAAGAAAACACUGGAGUUCUCUGACAUCCUCAUUGGGCAGUGCCAGGUUGAGACCAUCCGACUCUACAACCAGUUCCGAGUACCCUGCAAAUGGUUCAUUACUUCCAACAAGCCUGUUCUGAAGGUAAACACUGUGUCAGUGUCUCAGAGCACAUGGAGACCUCACAUGAUUGGUUUCUGUGCCCAGAAAAAUCAGCACCAGCCCUGUGCCUUUGAAGUGACGCCCUCCCAAGGAACCCUUGAUCCAGGAAAGUGGCAGAAUUUGCAAAUCCAGUUUACACCCAAGGAGGAGAGGUUUUACGAGCAUGAGCUGGAGCUUAACAUUCGUGGGAGCAGCAAUCGCUUAAAGCUGCACCUCUCAGGACAAGGUCUGGAGCCACGGUUGGAGUUCAGACCCCCAGCACUAAAGAUGGGAUGGAUGCUGGUGGACAGCGAUGUGGUAGAGGCCACAGUGGUGGUGAAGAACCCAUGCAAGUUCCCCAUUGAAUUUUAUUCCCUGGAUUUUGAUGAGCAGUACCUUGAGGAGGAGAAGAUCCUGCGGAUGGCAGUGGGGUCUGAGUACCAAAAGAGCUUUUUUAUGCCUCCACGUGCUGUGGGUGAGACGCUGCCCCCAGAGGUGAUGGAAGACCAUGAAGCACAGAGGAGGCCAGAGGCUCAACAGGCAGAGCUCAAGGCCAUGGCAGAAGCCAAGGCCAGGGAUGAGGCUGAGGCCAAGGCAGCAUCAGCAUAUCACAGGACUGUCCCAUUCUGUCCUGAGUCCAUGGUGAAAGGGACUGGGAAUCCUGUCUCUCGGGCUGUCAUGCGCCACCUGGGCAUUGCCCCAUCUUCAGGGAGGCGUGAAGCGCAGCAGCACCAAGGGAUUGUUGUCAUCAUCCAUGGGCCACCCCGGGCAGGAAAGACAGAGGUAGCAGCAGGCCUGUGUCAGUAUUACGACGCUGCUUACGUGUCCAUUGACACCGUGGUGAAAGAGGCCAUGGCCAACGACCAGAGCCCAGCGGGGCUCCGUGCCCGGGAGCUCUGCACCCAGGCUGCUGUGGAGCUGGAGGGCAAAGAGGAAGAUGAUGCUGGGGUACCACCUGCCCAGGAUGUUUCAUUAAAGUCUCCAGUCUCACAUGGAGAACAGCCCAAUGAGCUGUGUAACCUGACAGUGGGCAUAGGUAAAAAGUCUCAGACCAAGAAUAAGCAAGCCUCUGGGGAAAAAAUCGACAAGAACGUCAAAGACAAGACCCCUCCAGCACAAAAGAAGAAGGAGACAGACAGCAAACUCGACAAAAAGGACACCAAGUUCACAGUUUCCACUGCUCCUGCGCCCCAGCAGCUGAACAUCAUCAGCAGUCGUGGGGAAAAGCUGAACUGCUUGAGCUGUGUGCUGCCCGAGGAGCUGCUGGUGGACAUCCUCAGUGAGAGGCUGAAGGUUAAAGACUGCUCCAAGGGAGUGAUCUUUGAUGGCUUGGAGAGCCUCUUUGCAAGCAGCCUGGAAUCUUCUCUGCUCUGUGUACUCAGAGCUAUCAAGAACCGUCACCAUAUUUUCAUGGUGAACCUGCAUCAGGAUUAUGCUUCUUGGAAAGCCAGGGAUGAAGCUGAAAGAAAGAGGAAGGAAGCUGAAAGCGAGAAGGAAGCUCUGCAGAGGAAAGCAGAACGUCUCUGGCAAAUAGAUGAGGAGGAGUAUGAUGCCCUCCCUAAGGAGAAGAAAGCAGAAGUGGAUAAAAUAAUCCUGGAAAGGAAGCACAUAUGGAGGAAGAAGAAACUGAAGCAGCUGGCUCAAAAGGUUGAGGAGGAGGCAAAAGCCUUAGAAGAGGAAGAGAGGAGGAAGGAGAAGAGAGGCGAAACCAAGGCCCCAGAAAAGAAGGAAACUAAAAUCCUGGAGAAGGAAACCAAACCCUCAGAGGAGAAGGAAACCAAAGCCCCAGAGAAGGAGGAAACCAAAAUCCUAGAGAUUAAGAGAACUAAAAUCCCAGAGAAGUGGAAAUACAAAGCCCCUAAGAUGUGCAAAAUCAUAAUCCCAGAGAAGGAGGAACGCAAAGCUCCAAAGAAGGGGAAAACCAAACCCCCAAAGAAGGGGGGAACCAUAAUCCAAGAGGACCCAACUGAGAUGGAGAAUCUAAUCCUGAGAUUUCAGAUCUAUGAGUCAUCGCAGCAGAACGUUGCACAGGUUUUCUCCUACUGGGACAGGGUUCAGGGUACUCUCCAGUUACCUGGGAUCCAAAAGGGAAAAUCUUCAGCUGAAAGCAGAGGUCAGAAGACAAGUAAGCCUCAGGAGAAGGUGGAGAAGAAGCCUGAACAAAAAAGUGGAGACCAAAGAAGUCUUCAGUCAUUUCAGCUGGAGAUGCAAAGUGAAGCUGCAGAAGGGGCAGUCAGAGAUGAGCACGUUGGGGUGCCGUGCUUGGACAUCCAGGUCUCAGAUCCAAAGGCCAUGAUCGGGGAGAUCCUGAGGGAUGGGAAGCUGCCAACAGAAGAUGAGGUAACACCCUUCGAGUACCCGGAGGAGCGGCUGGGCUCUGCAGAGCGUGUGGAGCCCUUCACCAUUGUGGCACCUGAAGGUGCUGCUAUGGAAGAUGAUCUGGCCAAGGCCCCAGAUACAAAGGGCAGUUCUGCCAAGGGCCAUCCAAAGGCAGCUAAAGCAACCAGCAGAGACAGCUCUGCAGAGAAGCAGAUCUCCACAUGGAGAACAGAAAGUCCCCGGGAUUCCACUGCAACAAGAUCCAAAAGUACAGUGGGAAGUGCCUCAGUCCCCACAGAAUUCCUCAGGGACAGCUCGGGGAAAUGUGCUUCUGCCCAGCAGCUGCUGGGCUUUGUGCUCUUCUACAACCCCACUGAGGAAACACAAGUUCCUGGCCUUGGUGCUUUGCUGCUGGUUCUGCUCAUUAAGGACCUCGUGCUGCAAUGA